CCGUCGCAACGACAGCACACAACAUUUUCAAGAAAAAUAAACACUUGUCAGACUAAGAAGCGCGUAAAAUGGCAGCUAUAAAUAAACAAUUCAACUACAAUAAGAAGAAGUUGGCCGUUGGCGCCUACAAAUCGAAAGUAUCACCAACUCGACGCCUCAAGAAUAUGCUGAAGCCAAUACUGGAGCAGGUCUUCAACUUGAAGGCCAAGCAACCAAAACCAAAACGCAGCUCCUACAUCGCCUCAGCGGAGAAUCAGGCUGACUUCGAUUGGCUUAACAAUGAUAUGGAUAACAUGGCCAACGAGCAUCUUGAGAACCAACUCAUUGAGGAGAUACGUCAAUGCGCCAAGGAAGACGCCAUCAUUGUUUAUAAUGAGCAAGGCGAGGGCGAGCUGCGAUCCAUGUACGAAGAGGAUUACUACGUGCCCGUUCACUUUGCACGCACCAACGCUGGCACCUUCUUCUGGACUUCACUGCAAACUCAAUCCUCUCAGCCCUAUGACAUCGAAUGGAACUUUCUCGAUCGCUGGGCGCAGGCGUAAACAACUAACUAAUUGAGCGAAUCUGGGUUUCAUCUUUAGCAAGUCAGGAUAUGGGUUCAAUACAAUGGGCAUACUCCACUGGUCUUCAAAUCAAAGUUUGGGCACUUCGACUUUGGGCUGAUCAACUGGACUGGGCGGCACUCACACUAAGCUACGUGUGGCUUGGCUUUGCUUUUAUAAACUUCGCUUUAUAAAGGUUAAAGCCAAUAACUUUUGAGUAGGAGUAGCAAUGUGUUAU